AUGUCGACACUGACCGCCCCCGCUGGUGCUGACGACCCGUGGAGAAACGAGGAGAGCGCAGUCGAAGAUGCUCGGAGGACCCAAUCCAUUAUCGCGCACGAAUGUGCAAAUACCGGCACAAAACCGCCACCGUACGAGUUGAUGGCCCUUAUCGGUAAAGGUAGCUUUGGUCGGGUUUAUAAAGCUCGUGGGCUAAAAACAAGGCGACCGGUGGCCGUUAAAAUCAUCAGCAUCGAGGAGGGCGACAGCACCCACCCCGGUGGCACAGAUACUUUCAGCGAUAUCCUAAAGGAGAUAAACACAUUGAAGCUUCUCAACGAUAGGGGAGCCAAAAAUAUCAAUCGCGUUCUCGAUACUCACCUCGUUGGUCAGUCUGUUUGGAUGAUCACUGAGUAUUGUGCUGGUGGUAGCGUCUCUACUCUAAUGAGACCAACCGGCGGCUUGGCCGAGAGGUGGAUUGUACCCAUCUUGCGGGAAGUAGCCGAGGCUAUACACUGGGUCCACAGUCAGGGCGUCAUUCAUCGCGACAUCAAAUGUGCCAAUGUUCUCAUUACCGAGGUCGGAGGCGUUCAACUUUGCGACUUCGGCGUUGCUGGCAUUAUCGAGACCAAGUUCGACAAGAGAAGCACCGUCACGGGCACACUACAGUGGAUGGCUCCAGAGCUAUUCGAAUCCUCAACAUCGUACGGCAUCGAGGUCGAUAUUUGGGCUUUUGGAUCUAUGGCUUACGAGGUUGCUACGGGACUUCCGCCAAAUGCGACCGGCCUAAUUGAUCUGGCAAACUUUGGGUCGCAUCUCAAACACAACUGUCCGCGUCUCGAGGGAGAUGGAUACUCGUCACAUCUUCGAGACAUAGUCGCGUGCUGCAUGGUUCCCGAUCCGGCCCAACGACCCAAUAUCGAGCAGGUUCAGGCACAUCCAUACAUUUUCGGCACAUCCGAUCGAUUUCCUACUCCCUCGCUAUCUCAGCUUGUCAACGCCUAUAAACUUUGGGAGGCCCAAGGGGGAAGUAGGAAGUCUCUCUUUUCUGCAGGUGGUGCGCAAGGUCUUGCAAACGCUUCAUCCCCAUUAGUUCCGAACGACGAAUGGGACUUUGGAACGUUCAAAGAGUCGAGUCUCGAGUGUGACGAUUCAGAAACCCGGACCAUUCAGGAUGCAUAUGGGACGGCGGUCGGCUUGCCUUGGCAGCCACGAACAAACCCGGCACGUCGCCGGCCACCAAUUGUCAAGCCACUGAUUGUACCCCUCGAGCAUAUUUUCGACCCCAAUUCCAGCACCAACUAUGACGACAAUGCCCGUGCUUUCUACGGACAUUAUGCCCAACCGCGGACAGAUGAUCUGCCACUGCGGGACGACAAGGACAGCUCCACCAUCAGAGAGUCGCUAAUAGACCUCGAUGCCUCACUUGACGGAAAUCACCUAUCGCAGUUCGUUGAUAUGGGGACAAUCAGAGCAGGCCCUCCGUCAGCCCCCAAUAAUACAUUGGACCCGAGUCAUCGCCUGACCCAGGAUUGGAAAUUCCCACUUAUGACACCAUAUGCUGAAGACCCCGAAGAGAAUAGUCAUUCACAUCCCAAGUCGUGGAAUGUGGUUCCGGGCAUACCGAUCCCGGACACGCAGCUUCAUCGCGCUUCGACGAUAAGUCUCAUUGACCUUGAUGCCAGCACAGUAGACGGGGCAGGAGUCUUUCCCCGCCCAUCCACGGCGAACUCUGACAAUAUAUCAAUGAGCUCUGAUACAGGAAAGUCGCCAUUCGAGCUCGAAGAACAAGUCUUCCAUGCAAGCUCAUUACCAGCCUCCAGGGAACCCUCUAUUUACGUGACAGAUGACGUGACUAUUGAGAGCCUUAUCGUACCCGAUGACGACUCACCGAAUGACCAAGUCGUCGAUUUACCAGAGGAAAGCACCGUACAGAAGCAGGGAGGCCAGGACGAGAGCCUUCCGCAUGACCAGCACACCACCUUGGCGGUUCCAGCCCCACCAUCUACGAACGUGAUGCUGGGCAUCAAUACCGAAGAAGAGCUAAAACAAGAACUGAAACGGUUGAUCUCAAGCUUGGGCGAGCACCUUCAAUUGGCGUCCGACGCACUAGCGCACUUGCCUGUUAGACACGACAUCAUUAGUAUUUAA